AGAAAGCAGAAAGCAGAGCGAAGCGAGCUUGACACCUGACAAUGGCAACUAGGGUUCCGGUUUGGUUUUCUCUUUUGGUGGUUUGGAUUGCAGUUGCUUGCUCCGUUACUGAGAUCUCGGCGGAGGAGACGGAAUCGAAGCAGGAAUUUGUUUUGACAUUGGAUCACUCUAACUUCUCCGAAACUCUUAGCAAGCACAAGUUCAUCGUCGUCGAGUUCUACGCUCCUUGGUGUGGGCAUUGUAAGAAACUUGCUCCAGAGUAUGAGAAAGCUGCAUCUAUACUUAGCAGUCAUGAUCCUCCCAUUGUUCUUGCCAAAGUGGAUGCCAGUGAAGAAGCAAACAGAGAUCUUGCAAGUCAGUUUGAAAUCGAGGGCUUCCCCACAAUUAAAAUUUUGAGAGAUGGAGGAAAGGGUAUUCAAGAAUACCAAGGUCCCCGUGAUGCUGAUGGUAUCGUGGCUUAUUUAAAGAAACAAAGUGGUCCUGCUUCUGCAGAAAUAAAGUCAGCAGAAGAUGCUAGCAGUCUUAUUGAUGACAAGAAGAUAAUUAUUGUAGGGGUGUUCCCAAAAUUCUCUGGAGAGGAGUUUGAGAACUAUACUGCUCUUGCUGAGAAAUUGAGAUCAGACUAUGAUUUUGGUCAUACAUUGGAUGCUAAACACCUUCCACGCGGAGAGUCAUCAGUCAGUGGCCCCGUAGUUAGGCUGUUGAAACCUUUUGAUGAACUUUUUGUUGACUUCCAGGAUUUUAAUGUGGAAGCUUUGCAAAAGUUUGUUGAAGAAUCUAGCAUCCCACUUGUCACUGUCUAUAACAAUGACCCAAGCAACCACCCUUUUGUUGUCAAGUUCUUUAAUACUCCCCAAGCAAAGGCGAUGCUUUUCCUCAACUUCAGUGGUGAAGCUGCUGAUUCCUUUAAAUCAAAAUAUCAUGAAGUAGCUGAGAAAUUUAGAGGAGCUGGUGUUGGUUUUCUGUUGGGAGAUCUUGAGGCUAGUCAGAGUGCCUUCGAGUUUUUUGGACUCCAAGAGAGCCAAGUCCCUCUCAUCAUUGUUCAGACUAAUGAUGGAAAGAAGUACUUGAAACCAAAUCUGGAGCCUGAUCAAAUUGCAUCAUGGGUGCAGGAUUACAAGGAAGGAAAAGUUCCACCAUAUAUUAGAUCUGAGGCUAUCCCUGUGGAGAAUAAUGAGCCUGUGAAAGUGGUUGUUGCUGACAGCCUCAAUGAUAUGGUCUUCAACUCUGGAAAGAAUGUUUUGCUUGAGUUUUAUGCCCCUUGGUGUGGACAUUGCAAAAAGUUGGCUCCUAUAUUGGAUGAAGUUGCUGUUUACUAUGAAAAAGAAGCUGAUGUUGUGAUUGCUAAAUUUGAUGCAACUGCAAAUGAUAUUACAAACGACUCUUUUGAUGUUAAAGGUUUUCCAACAGUUUACUUCAAGUCAGCAAGUGGGAAGAUAUUACCAUAUGAAGGGAACAGAACCAAAGAAGACAUAAUUGACUUCAUUGAAAAGAACAAGGACAACACUGUCCAGCAGAAAUCAGAAUCACCCAAAGAUGAGCUCUAAAGAGGGACAGUUGCCUACUCACCCUCCAGAACACAUAGACAGACAUACAUACUAUGUGCAUGGAAGUUGGUAUACACAAGAAAAACCAAAGUGACAAAAUGUUAUUGCAUGAUAUCCCUCCCUGGCUAGCUUACACUCCAUAGUUUACCUAGGUCUUUUGAGGAAAAUAAUAAACUGGGAGGCAUUUUUUUCUUGUAGCCUUAGUUUUUGGUUUAUGGUUGUAAUAGCUUUUCAGCUGUAGAAUUGUUUCAGUAAUUUAAAUCUAGAAAAGCUGUUUGAGUUAAAUGCCUAUUGUGUGUGGAUUUUUAAGUAUCUAUGAUGCAUGAGAUGAGAUGGCAGGUAUAUCUCUUAAAGUGCCUCCUGAGGUGUGCGU